UUAAAGCAUCUUGGCUCUCCACCAUAGCUUUAACUCUCCACACAUCUUCCUGUGAUUAUUUUACACGCCAUCCUGUACUGGCUGGGAAAACUACACGUCGAGUCCUGAUUGGACGUGGCGCGGCACCGCCGGCAGGGAGCCAAUCAGCGUGGGCCACGGUAAAACAUUUUCGCCCUCUCUUUUGUAGCGCUGGUCUUUUCUGCAACAGAGCUGUUCAGGACAAUUACAUUGGACUGGUGCACAGAGAUCCACUGGAAUCAUGAGAGGGCUUUUACUUGGUGUUCUGGGUUGUUCCCUGGUGUUGAUGGCCCAGGGCUUCUACUCUGCUAAUGAUGAUGUCGUUGAACUCAACCCCUCCAACUUCAACCGGGAGGUUCUUCAGAGCGACAGCCUCUGGCUCAUCGAGUUUUACGCUCCUUGGUGUGGACACUGCCAGAGCCUGACUGCUGACUGGAAGAAAACAGCCACAGCCUUGAAGGGCAUCGUUAAGGUCGGUGCAGUGGACGCCGACCAGCACAAGUCCCUGGGCGGUCAGUACGGUGUCAAAGGCUUCCCUUCCAUCAAGAUCUUUGGGGCCAAUAAGAGCAAGCCUGAUGAUUACCAAGGUGGGCGUAGUAGCCAGGCCAUAGUGGACGCAGCCCUGAAUACUCUCCGUACUCUAGUGAAGGACAGGAUGAGUGGCAGGUCAGGUGGUUCUGACUACAGCAGACAGAGUGGUGGUGGUGGUGGUGGAAGUAAGAAGAAUGUUGUGGAGCUGACUGAUGACAACUUUGACCGGCUGGUUCUGGACAGUGGUGAAGUGUGGUUGGUGGAGUUCUUCGCCCCCUGGUGUGGCCACUGCAAGAGCCUGGAGCCUGAGUGGGCGGCUGCAGCCUCUGCCGUCAAGGAGCAGACCAAGGACAAGGUCCACCUGGGAGCCGUGGACGCCACUGUGCACCAGGGUCUGGCCAGCCGCUACGGGGUCCGUGGAUUCCCCACAAUUAAGAUCUUCAAGAAGGGGGAGGAGCCUGAGGACUACCAGGGGGGGAGGACCCGAGGUGACAUCAUCGCCCGCGCUCUGGACCUGUUCUCUGACAAUGCCGCUCCUCCGGAACUGCUCGAGAUCCUUAACGCAGAUGUCCUGAAGAAGACCUGCGAUGACUACCAGCUCUGUGUCAUCGCUGUGCUGCCCCACAUCCUGGACACAGGUGCAGCAGGCAGGAACAGCUACCUGGAGGUGAUGAUGAAGAUGGCAGAGAAGUACAAGAAGAAAAUGUGGGGCUGGCUGUGGACUGAGGCUGGUGCUCAGAUGGAGCUGGAGGCGUCGCUGGGCAUCGGAGGGUUCGGCUACCCCGCCAUGACAGCCAUCAACGCCCGCAAGAUGAAGUUCGCCCUGCUCAAGGGCUCUUUCAGCGAGACCGGCAUUCACGAGUUCCUCAGGGAUCUAUCUGUUGGCCGCGGCUCCACUGCUACCGUUGGGGGCGGGGCUUUGCCUAAGAUCAACUCAGUUGAUGCCUGGGACGGCAAAGAUGGAGAGCUUCCCGUGGAGGAUGACUACGACCUGAGUGACGUGGACUUGGACGACGACAUUGGGAAGGAAGAGUUGUGAGAGCCCAGCUUUCCGGGCAGGCCGAUCCAGACGGAUACGGUUGGGCGCCAUCUUGUCUGUCUGGUCUAACUUGGCGCGACCCAUCUCUUCUCUCCCAUGGAACAAUGUGUAGAUUGGGUCGCCCAGUUAUUGAAGUACUCCAGAAGAGGAACGAAAUUAAGAGCAUAGCCCUGUUUGAAUAAUUUAGAAAAGUAUCCUUCCUUUGUUACCUUGAUAGAGCACAGAUCUAUAAGUGAUAGGAGAGGUGCAAGCAAGGUUACCAGACAAUUUGACCAAUCCAACCAAUUCAGAUCUGUGAUUAUUUAAAGGAAGGUAGAAGGGAAGGAAAUAAGUAUACAUUUCUGAAGUAUUUGAACAGGGCCAGAGAAAUGCAGCUUCUCACAUCAUCUCCGUCUGUUUGUCAAGUGGGGAGGCGUGGCCUGCAGUAGACUUCGCCCAUUGAGAAUGAUAGAGAUAUUAUCUUUUAUAUAUGUCCCAUUAUGGCGUCUGAGUGCACAGGCAGCGCCAUUGAGGCAAUCUCCAUUUUGAAGUAGUCCAUUUUCUUCUAGAAGUUGGCAAGCAAACUGAAAGGUGCACUGCCACCUAGUGUUAUGUUUGAACCGGUAAAAAGCCAAAGUUGGUGAUUUUACUGGCAACUGCAGUUAUGGAAUGUUUGCUCAAGAGUGUGUCAUUCAUUGGCUGAUCCCUCCUGAUGACCUGGAUGGAAUCAUGGGAUCCUUCCUUAUCCCAUAGGAAUCCCCACCCAGUUGACUACUUUAAAAUGGUGGAAGCCCUCAAUGUCCAUGCCAAAACAGGUUAUAUCCAUCUCUAACUCUAUGACUUCGCCUUACAGACCUGCUGAACAUUAUAUUUUCUGAUUUAGUAUAUAUUUUUUUUCUCUCGUUGAGAACACCAGUGAUUUUACAUUGUCUGUGCAGGACAAAGGGGAAUGUGGGACUUCUUGUGUAGAUUCUUCUUACACAACUUUAUUUUGAUUGUGUGAAAACAAUGACAUUUUUGUUAAAAAUAAAUAAACAGAAUAAAAAGUCA